AUGGACGACCUUUUGAAUCUCGAGCUUCUGUCUCUCGUUUCAAAGGUCACCUCUGAACUCCAGAACCAUGUUGGAAUCAGUGACAAGACCCUCGCCGAGUUCCUCAUCGCACAGCGUCUCGAGAGCAAAUCUAGCGAUGACUUCCGCAAGAGGCUCGAUGGGCUCAAUGCCGACUUCCCGCCCAGUUUGAUCGACAGUUUAGAUCGUCUGGUGGUGGCGAUGCACCCCAAGUUCAAAGGGCAGAAUGGAGAUGCGCACCACGACGAGCAUCAUCACCAUCGGACGUUCGAGGAGAACGAAAAGGUCUUUAGCGGUCUUGCUAUGCCCGAUAAGACACCCGGCUACAACGACGGCGCGGACGCUAUCGAUGAUACACUGGCGCUUUUGGAAGGGCUCGAGGGCAAGGCCAAGAAAGAGAAGGCAUCUAGAAAGAGGAGCAGAAGCCCAGAAGAUGAGCACAGAGAGUCAAGGUCACGCCGGCAUAGAUCAAGAUCUCGAGAUCGGCGGAAGCGGGACAAGUACAGGUCGCGGUCACGGUCGCAGGACGCCGGCAAUGAAGACUGGCGAGAUGGAUUCCGAGAGUCUAGGAAAUCACGAAACCGACGACGACACGACUACGAUGACGACAUCGACCGUGACGACUUCAGCCGCGCUCCUGCACCCGAGGUGGAUGACCAGCCCAUCAUGAACAAGAUCUACCAGGGCCAUGUCACUGGAAUUAAAGAUUUUGGUGCCUUUGUCAACCUUCACCACGUCAGAGGAAAGGUUGACGGACUGGUUCACAUUUCUCGCAUUGUAUCUGGUCAACGGGUGACUCACCCCUCAGAUCUGCUCUCCAGCGGGCAGCAAGUCUGGGUCAAGGUUGUCAGCAUCGAGGGCCACAGGAUAGGAUUGUCCAUGAAAGACGUCGACCAGGAGGACGGCCGAGAUCUUGAACCACAGGCGAGGUUGACGACUGGUGCAAACAUGGAGGCGCUUGGUGGCGGUGGAAGAAAUGGUUUCGUCGAUGUUGCCCCCGCAAUGCCUCGCGAUUCUUUGGGCCCCCCCAGACGACAAAAGAAACGAAUGACAUCUCCAGAGCGAUGGGAAAUCAGACAGCUCAUUGCAUCCGGAGUGGCAAAGGCCUCGGACUAUCCCGAUCUCGAGGAGGAUUACAAUGCGACGCUGCGUGGCGAGGGCGAGUUGGAACUGGAGGAGGAUGUUGACAUUGAAGUUCGAGAGGAGGAGCCGCCAUUUUUGGCUGGCCAGACUAAACAGUCUUUGGAGCUUUCCCCUAUUCGAGUGGUCAAGGCCCCUGAUGGAUCCAUGAACAGAGCCGCCAUGGCAGGAACAACGCUUGCCAAGGAGAGAAAAGAAUUGAAACAGAAGGAGGCUGAAGAAGCUGCCAAGGAGGAAUCGAAAGAAAACCUGUCAAAUCAGUGGAAUGAUCCAAUGGCCGAUCCCGAUAAGCGCAAGUUUGCCAGCGAUCUAAAGCAUGCGAGAAUGAACACUAGGACAGACGAAGAGCCUGAGUGGAAGAGGGCGGUUAUUCCCAAGGGGCAGUCGCUGGGCAAGCGUACUAACCUCAGUAUCAAGGAGCAGCGAGAGUCUCUGCCCGUCUUUGCGUUCCGUUCGCAGCUGAUAAAGGCAGUGCAGGAGAACCAAAUCUUGAUUGUGGUUGGAGAGACUGGCUCGGGAAAGACAACCCAGUUGACGCAGUAUCUCGCAGAAGCUGGGUUCGCAGACAACGGCAUCAUUGGAUGUACGCAGCCUCGUCGUGUCGCCGCCAUGUCCGUUGCGAAGCGUGUGGCGGAAGAAGUUGGCUGCAAGCUUGGAGAAGAGGUUGGAUACAAUGUCCGUUUCGAUGAUUGCACCAGCCCUGCCACCAGGAUCAAGUACAUGACGGACGGUAUGCUACAGCGAGAGAUUCUCAUGGACCCCGACAUGAAGCGGUAUUCGUGCAUUAUGCUUGACGAGGCCCACGAGCGAACUAUUUCCACCGACGUCUUGUUUGCGCUGUUGAAAAAAGCACUCAAGAGGAGACCCGAUAUGAAGGUCAUUGUUACUUCAGCCACUCUUGAUGCCGACAAGUUUUCCGCCUACUUCAACGAGUGUCCUAUCUUCACAAUCCCGGGCCGAACGUAUCCCGUCGAAAUCUUGUAUUCUCGCGAGCCUGAAUCUGAUUACUUGGAUGCUGCGCUUGUCACUGUGAUGCAGAUUCAUCUAACAGAACCCAAGGGUGAUAUUCUUCUAUUCUUGACUGGCCAAGAGGAAAUCGACACGUCGUGCGAGAUUUUAUAUGAGAGAAUGAAAGCCCUUGGACCGAGCGUACCGGAUUUGCUUAUCCUACCUGUAUAUGCACAGCUUCCGAGCGAGAUGCAGAGCCGAAUUUUCGAACCUGCUCCCCCUGGAAGUCGAAAAGUUGUCAUUGCCACGAAUAUUGCCGAGACAUCCAUUACCAUUGACGAGAUUUACUACGUCGUUGACCCUGGUUUUGUCAAGCAAAAUGCCUAUGAUCCCAAGCUCGGAAUGGAUUCCCUGGUUGUUACGCCCAUCUCCCAGGCGCAAGCAAACCAGCGAGCCGGUCGAGCUGGUCGAACUGGUCCUGGAAAAUGCUUCCGUUUGUAUACAGAGGCCGCCUACCAGUCAGAAAUGUUGCCAACAACCAUUCCUGAGAUUCAGCGACAAAACUUGGCAAACACUAUUUUGAUGCUCAAGGCAAUGGGCAUCAACGACCUUUUACAUUUCGACUUUAUGGACCCGCCGCCAAUUAACACGAUGUUGACAGCCUUGGAAGAGUUGUACGCCUUGAGCGCACUAGACGACGAAGGCUUGCUAACUCGUCUGGGGCGAAAGAUGGCAGAUUUUCCCAUGGAGCCGUCACUGGCAAAGGUGCUCAUCGCUGCUGUUGAUCAUAAGUGCUCUGAUGAGAUGCUCAGCAUUGUAGCCAUGCUCAAUUUGCCCAAUGUCUUUUACCGCCCCAAGGAAAAGCAGUCGCAGGCCGAUCAGAAAAAGUCCAAGUUCCACGAUCCUCACGGAGACCACCUGACGCUUCUCAAUGUGUAUAAUGCCUGGAAGCAUAGCGGCUACUCUAGCCCCUGGUGCUUUGAGAACUUUAUCCAGGCGCGGUCAAUGCGUCGUGCCAAGGAUGUCCGAGAUCAGCUUAUGAAGAUCAUGGAGCGCUAUAAACAUCCGGUCGUCUCUUGUGGACGUGACACGCAAAAGGUGCGCCAGGCUCUCUGCACGGGCUUCUUCCGCAAUGCAGCGCGCAAGGAUCCCCAAGAAGGGUACAAGACUCUCACAGAGGGCACGCCAGUGUACCUUCAUCCUAGUUCGGCCCUCUUUGGAAAGCAAGCUGAAUGGAUCAUUUACCACACGCUCGUGUUGACGACGAAGGAGUAUAUGCACUGCACGACGAGCAUCGAGCCGAAAUGGCUGGUCGAGGCAGCUCCGACAUUCUUCAAGGUGGCGCCGACGGAUAGACUAAGCAAGCGGAAGCAAGCUGAAAGAAUUCAGCCACUGUAUAAUAAAUUUGCCGGAGAAGACGACUGGAGACUCAGCGCCCAGAAGAGAGGUGGAAGGGGUGGUGGCGGUGGUACUUGGGGCUAG